AUGUGUUUCGCGUCAUGCUCUUGCUGUUGCGAAGCGCUCUCUUUUACACCACAACACACAACUGAGCGCGCCAGGGAAAGGCAUUCUCGAGGGCUGUCCCCCUGUCUCCCUCCCUGUCUCCCUCCCUGUCUCCCUCCCUGUCUCCCUCCCUGUCUCCCUCCCUGUCUCCCUCCCUGUCUCCCUCCCUGUCUCCCUCCCUGUCUCCCUCCCUGUCUCCCUCCCUGUCUCCCUCCCUGUCUCCCUCCCUGUCUCCCUCCCUGUCUCCCUCCCUGUCUCCCUCCCUGUCUCCCUCCCUGUCUCCCUCCCUGUCUCCCUCCCUGUCUCCCUCCCUGUCUCCCUACCUGUCUCCCUCCCUGUCUCCCUCCCUGUCUCCCUCCCUGUCUCCCUCCCUGUCUCCCUCCCUGUCUCCCUCCCUGUCUCCCUCCCUGUCUCCCUCCCUGUCUCCCUCCCUGUCUCCCUCCCUGUCUCCCUCCCUCUCUCCCUCCCUUUCUCCCUCCCUGUCUCCCUCCCUGUCUCCCUCCCUGUCUCCCUCCCUCUCUCCCUCCCUCUCUCCCUCCCUGUCCCCUCCCUGUCUCCCUCCCUGUCUCCCUCCCUGUCUCCCUCCCUGUCUCCCUCCCUGUCUCCCUCCCUGUCUCCCUCCAUGUCUCCCUCCCUGUCUCCCUCCCUGUCUCCCUCCCUGUCUCCCUCCCUGUCUCCCUCCCUGUCUCCCUCCCUGUCUCCCUCCCUGUCUCCCUCCAUGUCUCCCUCCCUGUCUCCCUCCAUGUCUCCCUCCCUGUCUCCCUCCCUGUCUCCCUCCCUGUCUCCCUCCCUGUCUCCCUCCCUGUCUCCCUCCCUGUCUCCCUCCAUGUCUCCCUCCCUGUCUCCCUCCCUGUCUCCCUCCCUGUCUCCCUCCCUGUCUCCCUCCCUGUCUCCCUCCCUGUCUCCCUCCCUGUCUCCCUCCCUGUCUCCCUCCCUGUCUCCCUCCCUGUCUCCCUCCCUGUCUCCCUCCCUGUCUCCCUCCCUGUCUCCCUCCCUGUCUCCCUCCCUGUCUCCCUCCCUGUCUCCCUCCCUGUCUCCCUCCCUGUCUCCCUCCCUGUCUCCCUCCCUGUCUCCCUCCCUGUCUCCCUCCCUGUCUCCCUCCCUGUCUCCCUCCCUGUCUCCCUCCCUGUCUCCCUCCCUGUCUCCCUCCCUGUCUCCCUCCCUGUCUCCCUCCCUGUCUCCCUCCCUGUCUCCCUCCCUGUCUCCCUCCCUGUCUCCCUCCCUGUCUCCCUCCCUGUCUCCCUCCCUGUCUCCCUCCCUGUCUCCCUCCCUGUCUCCCUCCCUGUCUCCCUCCCUGUCUCCCUCCCUGUCUCCCUCCCUGUCUCCCUCCCUGUCUCCCUCCCUGUCUCCCUCCCUGUCUCCCUCCCUGUCUCCCUCCCUGUCUCCCUCCCUGUCUCCCUCCCUGUCUCCCUCCCUGUCUCCCUCCCUGUCUCCCUCCCUGUCUCCCAGUUGAUUCUUCCCAACAACUUCACCCCACUUGCUUUUGUUUGUUUUGUGAUCGCUGAUGCACACGCACAUGAAGGCACUCUCGAAGGCUGCCGCUUCAACCACGGAAGGCGGCAAGGGUGCGACUCUGCCAAGAUUGCGGAUUUUGGGCUGGUGAAGCUUAGUGGCGGCACGGCGGCAGGCACAACAGUGGCAGCCACGCGAGUGAUGGGCACACCGGGCUUUGUGGACCCCGCUUACUGCAAGUCACACAAGGCCACCCCCAUGGCUGAUGUGUACAGCUUUGGGGUUGUGAUGCUGGCGGUGAUCACGGGGCGCAAGGCAGUGCAAGAAGCAGAGGGCGGCCAUGUGAACCUCAAGCAAUGGGUGGAGCCACUGGUGGCAUCCAAUUCAAUCGCAGCCUUCAAGGACCCGUGCCUGGACGCCCCGGAUGACAUUCUGCUGCGCCUCACCCGCCUGGCUCUCUCCUGCACCGCCAUGCCCACCGCCUCGCGCCCCUCCAUGGGCAAGGUGCUGGGGGAGCUGGUGGCGGUGAGGGGGAAGAUUGUGGGAGAGGAGGUGGACAAGGUGGCGUCGUGCAUCGACAGCGAGAUUGACACGUCCACCACUCUCGACUUCAAUGCUUCCAUUGCCCGUGCUCACCAGAUUGCCAUGCAGAGCGGUUCCUCUGAUACUGUGUGA